AUGGUGGUCGGCGACUAUGAAGAAAAAAAGUUAUCAUCAUGUUUCCAAGUCAGAACAACCUUUGAAAUUCUUUCUUCUCCUCCCGCCUCAAUUGAAGAAAGGUUUGCUAGUGUAAGUGUUAUAAUCAUCAAAAUAUUCAGUGAUGCUGCUCUAGGCUCUCAUAAGAACAUACUGAUUUUGAAGUCAUACUUACUUUUGCAGGCCCAGGAAAUGCAACACCUACGAGAGGAACUAGCUUCUACUCUUCAACAGAAUAAGCAUUUGCAGCAGGAAAUGGCCCAGGAAAUGCAACACCUACGAGAGGAACUAGCUUCUACUCUUCAACAGAAUAAGCAUUUGCAGCAGGAAAUGGAAUUGCAACGCCUACAAGAGAAACUAGCUUCUACUCUUCAACAAAAUAAGCUUUUGGAGCAGAAAAUAGAAAUGCCAAGGAGAAGUAGCCUCAAAAGAACGAUUGUCUUUGUUGGCUUGAUUGGAUUAUUAAUUAGCAUUUUACUCACUUAUGUGAUAUCUGACAUAUUUUUCUACCGAGCUUUGUUUCUUUAA